AUGGACAGCCUUCGGUCGAGUACGUCCUCGUACGGGGAUCCCAGGUACCUUUCGACCGGCUAUCCCAACGGCGCUGUUUCUGUGGUUCCGUCCCGCCUGGUAGAUGGCUACCGGAGUGCAUCAGAUAUGGCAACGGAUGAUAGGUCUCAAUAUAGUGGGCACUCCGGCCCAAUUCCGCAGACCAAUGCUCCCUCAAUCGACAUCCAAGAUCCGGUAUUGUUACAUCUUCUGACCGAGACCGCGAUCGGAGAUAGCGCCGGUUAUGAGAUUCUUCCAUUCGAGGAAGUCGAAGACUUGAAGCGCGAAUAUGCUACUUUAUCGAAUCGGGUCGAAGGUACAAAACGGAAACUUGCAUUGGAGACCAAGCUCAGAGAUGCUGCACAAUCACUACGCCGACUGUCAAGCUUAAAGAGCAACGGUGUGACGAACGGUGUGGCGCAUCAUCCCGAGGAUGAAGAAUUCACGAUUAGUUCGCGGAAAUGUGAAGAGCUCGCUCAGGAGCUAUGGGCCUUGGAGAGGAGGGCACAGGAUGUGCAUAAACGCCUUUUGGAACAUACAGCCGGAAUACUUCAGUUGACGCAUCGGGGCUUGAAGAAGAACGCAAAUCGCGGCAGCAUAAAUAACGGUCUUAACGGUACUACACUCGACUUUGAUGAUCGAAGUCUCUACAGGGAAAUGGAAACGGAUGAUCCGGGCUUGCGAUCCCAAAACGGAGGCGGCGGUCUGGCUGCAGAUAUCAACAGUCUCCGAAGCACCGAGCAGAAAUUAGAGGAGCUGAAUGGACGUCUACGUGACUUACUUCUCGAUAAUCACAGUCCCCAGGAUAUAGGCCCACUGCCACUUAGAGUCACCGAGGAUACGUCUCUAACCUUUGUUCAAGAUCACCUUGCUUACCUCGAACGAAGCUUGGAAACCCUUCAAUCCAGUGGACUUCGAAGGGGUGGACUCGAACCGGAAAUAUCGGCUACUGAAAUGGGAUCCGAACUCGGAGCCAUCAACAGUCAAUUACGAAGCUUACUUGGGCAAGCCGGUUCUCAUCUCUCGCCGACACUGCCACCGCCUCCUAGUCCGACCGGGGAAUAUCUCAGUAAUCAUAUGGACUAUUUGAAGUCUGGAAUGGAGGAUCUACAGAGACGGGUUAACUCUCUACAAGACCAAAAGAGUAUCCUGACCACGCAGAUCCAGCAACAAAGAGAAUUGAAUUCAAAAUCGGAUGCUGAAAAGGACGCUCACGUAGCAGACUUGGCGCAACAGCUUGUUGAAACAAGGAAGCAGCGUGAGCUUUCUGAGCGUGAAUUGGAAACCGUUAAAGACGAAUUAGCUUUAGUGAUGGAGCAGCUCGAUACCGUGAGACAGCAGGAAAACAUUCAAGAUUCUCAAAGAGAGCGCGAGCAAAUUGCUGCUCUGCAAUACGAAAAGGAAGCCCGGUCUAAAGCAGAAACUGAAGUUCAACGCCUUCAGAAUGAAUUGACUCGUCUCGAGGGAGAAUAUGCACGCGAGCAGACAGCAGCACUAGAGCAAGAAAGGGAAGCACGAUCCAAAGCCGAAACAGAAGUUCAACGUAUAGGUGCGGAGCUGUUCCAAAUUCAAGCAGAGUAUGCACGCGCACAAUCUACAGAGACAGAAGCUCAACGCCUUCGGGAAGAAUUGACUCAACUUGAAGGCGAAUACGCACGCGCACAAUCUGCAGAGAUAGAAGCUCAACGCCUUCGGGAAGAAUUGACUCAACUUGAAGGCGAAUACGCACGCGUACAAUCUGCAGAGAUAGAAGCUCAACGCCUUCGGGAAGAAUUGACUCAACUUGAAGGCGAAUACGCACGCGCACAAUCUGCAGAGAUAGAAGCUCAACGCCUUCGGGAAGAAUUGACUCAACUUGAAGGCGAAUACGCACGCGCACAAUCUGCAGAGAUAGAAGCUCAACGCCUUCGGGAAGAAUUGACUCAACUUGAAGGCGAAUACGCGCGUGCACAGACUGAAUUGACUGUCGUUAAAGCCGAACUUGAUGGAGCAUAUGGCACACGUGCAGAGCGAGCAGCCGAAGCCGCAGCCAGUCCGGCCUUGUAUAAAGAAAUCGAAGACCUCAACACGAAGAACAUCAGUCUUGCCGAGGAGCUAGCCACCCUACGGGCCGAACGAGUUAACACCGGAGCCGACCAAGGCGAGCUUCAAAAGCGCGUCGAAACGCUUCAAAAGGAACUCGAAGAAACGAUAGAAGAUUACGAAGCAAUGACCAAAGCAAGCAUUGAAUUUGAGAAGGAGCGCGAAAGAUACGAAGGCACGAUUGAUAAUUUGCGUGAUCGCAUCGAACAAUUAGAGGCACAGCUCAGUGAUGAGCGUAUCACAUGGAUGGGCGUGAGUCAGACGGCCAUGAGAGAUGGUGCGACAGAGACCACUUCGACAAUGGUAUUGAAAAAUGAAUUUAAGAAGAUGAUGCGGGAUACGAGAGCGGAGAAUAUGAAACUUCUUAGAGCCGAACAAGAAGAACGAAAGAAACUCGAAGCGCUGGUUCGCAGUCUCAAAAUGGAACAAACAAUCGGCAAACCGACUCUCAAUCAGAGCAUGGUCACCUAGGCCUUGUCUUUAUUCUAUAUAUACUAAUAAUCAUCUAUGGUUCGAUCCCCUAUAAUGACAAGAAACCAACAAAUGAUCCUGUUCCCAUUGAUAAUGCACGUGUGAAAAUAUGUACAGCGAACUUUUCUUUCUUUCUUCUCAUCUUGUUUUAUAGAUAUACGGGGAAGGGCAGGCGUCUUUUUUUUAUUCUUUUCUUCCACUUUCGGAUGGACCCAAGUCAUUUAUCGUCUUGGAUGCUUGGUACCCUGGUAAGGAUACUUGUCUACCAGUUUUCACUUUUUAUCCCGCUUUCUUCUUGCACCUUUCGGGACAUUCAUGUAUAUUAAUUGUAUAUAUUUGAUUAUUAUAAUUCAGGUUUUCGGUGAUGAAAGUUAUUUAGGUCCGGAAUUAAAUCAUUCUUUGAAGCAAUUGGGAUGCUUCCUAGUCUUUUUAUGUACACAAGUCCAAGCCCGUCCAUUCCAACUUCAUCAACUUUAAUUCCACUGACAUGGACCGCGAGAUUAACAAUUCUUUAUUUGAGUAUGUCAAUUCAUAUGAACAAGAAUUACAAAAUUGAGGAUAGAGUAGGGCAACAAGAAAGUAUACCAAAAGAAAAUAAUUUCCCUCGCCCAUCACCGCCAAAAAAGGAUUGACUGGACUCCAAAUCCCAAAUGCAAGAUCUCUCAUAUGCGUCGUGUCGUAAACAAUUUUUUCUUUUCCUUGGUUGUCUCACAGUCCUUUUGAGUAUAUGAUAUGUGAUUGUGUGGGAGAUAAGAUUAUCAGGGGGUUGACGAAAAAAGUAUGUUUGUAAGAUAUGGAAUAAGAAGCGAACGGUCGUUAUUGUAGAGGAAAGAGAAGGGGUAUUGGCAUGCGUCUAAUCAGUAAUGGGUACUGGCUCAGACAUGUAACCCAAAAUUGUGCGUACAAUGGCUGCUGUCUAUACACCCACGAAAAAUUGAGACGCCUCCAUAAUCUCCUCGUCACCCGCAGCAAAAUCCCAGCCUACUAUUCGCGAAUCCUGGCUAGCACAGAUAAUCUUUCGCGCAUCGAAUUGAAGCUUAUAUAUUCUUGCUGGUGUCAUUGUCGGGUUAUGGUGUCGGCCAGCUGCUAUUGCUAUUGGAUGCACAAGUCCAGGUACAGCUCCUUGAGCUUGAGCAACAAUGGCGUUAACAGCUUGCACUUGCUGUAACGGGAUGUGAUUCGGUUGGGGGUUAUUCCCAGCUGGAGGAGGAGGAGGAGGGGCCUGUUGGUUGACUUGCUGUGGCGGUGCGGCUGCGUUCAAUUGGGGCUGAGGAUUGAUAUUGUGGUUAUUGCUCUGACUUGGAACGGGGGCAACAGAGGGAUGAAUCCUAGCUUGGUGAUGCAGUAUCGACAUGGUUCGAGACUGGCCUUGUAGCAACUCCAUAUAACGCAUUGCUUGAUCGCGAGCACGGGUAGAAUAUGGCGUAUUUGCCAUCGUCACGGCAUCUGCAUGGCGAAGUCGGUGUCCGACUAACCACCCGCCAUUACGAUCCUUUCUCCAAAUGAUAACUGUCUCGUCAUACGAGCCGGAAACGAUGCGGGCCCAUCUGCUGCCCCCACCUCCUGGUGGGAUGCUAGCACCUAGCGCUGUGACUUCAGUAGGAUCUCUUGAUCCUGCGUUUCGCGAUGUAACACUACGACGAACUGCUGCUGGUCGAUGUUGAUAAGGUAUGUUGCCAUUACGAUGAGCAUCCCAGAACUCGUUAUCCCGUGCAAGAGCUUCCAGUCGUUCUGCUUCCUCUGCGCCUGGAGGAUCCCCAAACCCGGCUUGAACAGCCCGUACCAGGUUACUAUGCCCAAUCAGACAAGACACUUGUGCUGACGAUUCAUGAUCGAAGAUACGGACCGUGUCAUCAUUGCUACCACUGAUGAUGCGCCGGUUAUCAAAUUGGACA